AUGUCUUUCGUGGAUAAAAUCAAGGCCAGCGUCAAGGGCACAGACGCCGACGGCCCAGCUCCAGCCCCAGCCGAUGUUGCUGAGAUCACCCCUGCGGCAGAGAAAACUGCCGGCAUCUCCACGGUGCCAGAGGACCCUGAGAAGCUCAAGGAUGAUGUUGUUCCCGAUGAAGCUGCGCAGAACGGUGUUCGCGGAAUCCAAGCUGCGACCUUGACGUGGGACAAGAGCGGGCUUGCUGCCAUGCUCUGUCUCAUCUGGCUCCUUUUCCUGACAAAUGGUUUCAGAAUUGCCAUUCUUGCCAGCUUGACUCCAUAUGUGACCAGCCAAUGGAGCUCCCAUUCUCUGCUCACUGUCAUCAACAUUGUGUCCAACUCUAUGGCCGGUGCAGUGUACAUUCCAAUGGCUAAGAUGCUUGAUGUCUGGGGCCGAGCGGAGGCCUUCCUCUUAAUGGUUGGCUCUUGUGUUCUGGGCUUGGUUCUGAUGGCUGUGGCCGACAAUCUCGCAACAUUCUGUGCUGCUAGGGUUUUCUACGCUGUUGGCUUUGGAGGACUGAUCUACAGUAUUGUCGUUCUUGCGUCCGAUGUCACCAACCUGAGAAAUCGUGGUCUUGCAUUUGCUUUCACGUCUUCGCCAUACAUGAUCACCGCCUUUGCUGGAUCCAAGGCUGCCGAGGCAUUUCUGCUCAAUGUCAGCAUCAAAUGGGGAUUUGGAGCAUUUGCCAUCAUCAUGCCAUUUGUCACCCUUCCCACUUUCAUUCUCCUCAAGUAUCACAUUCGCAAGGCUGAGAAGCAUGGUAUCAUUGUGAGAGAGAGCAGUGGAAGAACACUCGGACAGAAUAUUUGGCAUUAUAUCAUUGAGUUCGAUGCCCUUGGUGUCUUUCUCUUUGCUGGUGGACUCGUCGUUUUCCUGCUCCCGUUCACGCUCGCUGCCUCCGCCCCCAAGGGCUGGAAGACCGGCUACAUCAUUGCCAUGAUUGUCGUUGGGUUCUUCGUUCUGGUUCUAUUCGCUGCCUAUGAGGUCCUUUGGGCCCCAGCCCCAUUCCUCAAGAGCAAGUUCCUUACAGACAAGAGUAUUAUCGGUACAUGCCUUCAAGACGCCACCUACCAGAUUUCGUACUACUGCUGGAACAGCUACUUCACGUCUUUCCUCCAGGUAGUCUGCAAUCUGACAGUUGCCGAGGCUGGCUACGUCAACAGCACGUUCCAAGUCGUCUCUGGUGUUCUCCUCUUCGGCGUAGGCUACCUCAUCCGCAGGACCGGUCACUUCAAGUGGCUCUACUUCGGGGCCAUUCCUCUCUACAUCUUCGCUCAAGGGCUGAUGAUCCACUUCCGUCGUCCCAACGAGAAGAUUGGGUACAUUGUCAUGUGUGAGAUCUUCAUCUCCAUCUCUGGAAGCAUCUUUGUCCUCUGCCAACAGCUCUCUGUCCUCGCCGCCGUCGACCACCAGCAUGUUGCCGCCGUUCUUGCGUUGCUCUUUGUUUGCGCCAGCAUUGGAGGCGCCAUCGGCAGCACCAUCUCCGGCGCCAUCUGGACCAACACCUUCCUCCCGGCUCUUAUGCGCAAUCUGCCCGAAUCUGCCUUGGCGAAUGCCACUACGAUCUACGCGAGCCUUCCGGUCCAGCUUUCGUACCCUGUUGGGAGCGUCGAGCGUAUCGCUAUUCAGGAGGCGUACGGUUAUGCCCAGACCAGGAUGCUUGCUGCUGGAACAGGUAUUAUGGUGCUUUGCUUCAUCUGGGUCUGGAUGAUCAAGAACUUCAAUGUGAAGGAGAUGACCCAGACAAAGGGUAUGGUCUUCUAG